AUGGCGUCCAAAACCGAAUUUAACGGUGAUGAGAAAGUAAAGGUAGAUACUACGAAUCCACCAGUUUCAGAAGAAACAUUAAAUGUUAUUAACGCUGAAAAAGAGGAAACUGAAAUUGGUGAUUCAAACGCUUCAUCUAAAAAAACGCGAGUAGAUUUGCAAUCAUUACCAAUUAGACAAUAUUUGGAUCAAACAGUCGUACCCAUUUUAUUGCAAGCUUUAUCAACACUUUCUAAAGAAAGGCCACCUGACCCAGUAUCAUUUUUAGCAGCUUAUCUUUUAAAAAAUAAAGCUCAAUAUGAAACCAAUUCGAAUCCUCCACCGAAAACUGGACAGUAA